AUGGCGAACAACAAAUUAAUAACAUCUAUUCAAACCAAUACACCAACUAAUGAUAAACACAUAUCAAAUUUUUCCGAGAAUGCAGUUGCAAAUCGACGUAUUAACAGACUAAGAAUGCAAAAUGUCCUCUUUGUUUGGUUAGACAACAAUAUUAAUGAUGAUAAUGCUGAUUGUAGUAAUACAAUCAAACAAUUGAAACAUGUAGUUAACAACAUAAACACGUUUACUGAUGGUGAAGAAUGUGUUGAAUUUAUUAACACCAUUAACAAUAAUAAAGUAUGUAUGAUUGUCUCCGGAUCACUUGGACAACAUAUUGUACCUCAUGUGCAUGAUAUGUCCCAAGUAGACACCAUUUUUAUUUUUUGUAAUAACCAAGAAUGGGAUAAACAAUGGGUCAAAGAAUGGCCUAAAAUAAAAGGAGUCUUCACAGAUAUAACAUCAAUCUAUGAAGCUCUCAAACAGGCUGCUCAUCAAUGUGAGCAAAAUGCCAAAUCAAUCAGCUUUGUGACAUCAGAUAAAAAGUUGGAUCAAUUAGAUCCAUCAUUUAUGUAUACUCAGAUCUUGAAAGAGAUCUUAUUAACCAUCAACUUCGAAGAUAAACAUUUCAAAGAAUUUAUUACUGAUUUGCGUGAAGCAUUUGUCAAAAAUGAAUAUGAUUUACAUCAUAUUGAAAAAUUCGAACGUGAUUACCAUGAUCGAAGGCCUAUUUGGUGGUAUACUUAUCAAUGUUUUUUAUAUUCGAUGCUCAAUCAAGCAUUAAGAUUAAUGGAUGUUGAUAUUAUUGUUCGAAUGGGUUUCUUUAUUAAUGAUCUACACCGUGAUAUUCAACGACUACAUUUAGAACAAUUUGAUGAUCAUCAAUCAGGUAAAACAUUUACAGUUUAUCGUGGGCAAUGUCUUUCAAAAGAAGAUUUCACGAAUAAAAAUCGUGAUGUUUCUCUCUGUUUCGCACCGCAAGCUGCUACAAAUUCUGAUCUUGUUGGAGUUCUAUUUGUUAUAUCAAUUAAUCCUACGGAUUCAACAACUCCAUUUGCUUCUGUUACAGAUGUUGGUUACUUUCAUGCAGAAGAUGAGGUUCUUUUCUCCAUGCAUACUAUUUUUCGCAUUGGAGAUAUUGCAACAAUGGAUGAAAAUAAUCAUCUCUAUUAA